GUGUGGGCACUGCCAGCGGCUGCAGCCUACUUGGAAUGAACUGGGAGACAAGUACAACAGCAUGGAAGAUGCCAAAAUCUACGUGGCUAAAGUGGACUGCACGGCCAGCUCAGACGUGUGCUCCGAGCAGGGGGUGCGAGGAUACCCCACCUUGAAGCUGUUCAAGCCUGGCCAGGAAGCUGUGAAAUACCAAGGUCCCCGGGACUUCCAGGCGCUGGAAAACUGGAUGCUGCAGACACUGAACGAGGAGCCUGCCACACCAGAGCCAGAACCAGAACCUCCCAGGGCCCCUGAGCUCAAGCAGGGGCUGUACGAGCUCUCAGCGAGCAACUUUGAGCUGCAUGUCGCACAAGGCAACCACUUCAUCAAGUUCUUCGCUCCAUGGUGCGGUCACUGCAAAGCGCUGGCCCCGACCUGGGAGCAGCUGGCCCUGGGCCUCGAACAUUCCGAAACCGUCAAGAUUGGCAAGGUGGACUGCACGCAGCACCACGAGCUCUGCUCCGGGAACCAGGUCCGAGGCUAUCCCACGCUCCUCUGGUUCCAGGAUGGCAAAAAGGUGGACCAGUACAAGGGAAAGCGGGAUCUGGACUCGCUGAGAGAGUAUGUGGAACUGCAGCUCCAGAGUGCGGACCGUGGCACCCCAGAGGCCACCCCACCCGCGGAGGCCCCAGUGGGUGCUGCAGAGCCCGAGGCCGACAAGGGCGCUGUGUUGGCACUCACGGAAAAUAACUUUGAUGACACCAUUGCAGAAGGAAUAACCUUCAUCAAGUUUUAUGCUCCAUGGUGUGGCCACUGUAAGAAUCUGGCUCCUACCUGGGAAGAGCUCUCUAAAAGGGAAUUCCCUGGCUUGGCAGAGGUCAAGGUCGCUGAAGUGGACUGUACUGCUGAGCGCAACAUCUGCAGCAAGUACUCGGUACGAGGCUACCCCACAUUGUUGCUUUUCCGCGGAGGCAAGAGAGUCAGCGAGCACAAUGGAGGCAGGGACCUCGACUCGUUGCAAUCCUUUGUGCUGCGCCAGGCGAAAGACGAACUAUAAAAGUGCAGGUGAAGCCGCCUUCCUGCGGGCUCCUGGACUGAGUGGAGGAGCACGUCGUGCGGACCUCGGGGAGUUUCAGGUGGUGGUUCCUCAGAAAGCUGUCUGUACUGAACUUGUGGUAUCUUCUGUGUGUGUUAAGCCAACACACUCUACAGAAUUUUUAUUACGUUUCUCUAAGUAAAUAUGAUCCCUUUGCAAACUAA